AUGCCAAAGUUCAUGAACUACCAUACUCAGUUGAUUGGCAGUUUGCCACCUGCUAAAAGUAUUCCUGAGAUUGUGAGAGACUUGAACCACACGGGUCGCAAGAUCGAUAUUCUCAAAAUUGAUUGCGAAGGCUGUGAUAUUCUCGACACCGGUGUCCUGGCUUGGUUUGAAGUAGAUAUUCGAAUGAUUUUGGUCAACGUCCACGUGAAGGAGCGUGUACCGUCGGAAUUCGCUCGCAUACGGCGCUUCUUUACGGAGUUGCAGUUUGCGGGUGUCAUUUACCACAAAGAGCCGGGCUAUGUCUAUCGGUGCGGCGGAGGUUGCUACGAUUUUGCUUUCAAAUUGCACCCGGAUUUUUGA